GUCAAUUUUCUGCAACAACAAUUUUUCAGUUAUUGUGUGUACAAAACUUAAAGUCAACACGAAAUUGGAAGCUUGGGUGGAGGAGGAGUUUAAUCAAACAGUUGCAUGCGUAGGUAAUCAUAGAAACUCAGAAAAAUGGACGCAGUUUUUUUUCUCCUUCUAGCUAAUUAGUAGCUAGUAGCUAGCUAUAAAUAAAGAGUUCCUACUUGUUUUAAUUACUCAUCACAAGUUUGGUGAGAGUUCAAGUGUCAUUAGAGUUUCUAAAAGCCAUGGCAAAUCCUAUGGAUACAAUAAUCAUAGUAGUAGUUUUAUAUCUGGGAAUGGGUGAAACACACAGUAUCCAUUUCAGUGAAUGCAAAAGGCCAGAAAGAAGAGUUGCUCUCUUCAUCUUUGGGGAUUCCUAUUUUGAUGUGGGAAACAACAAUUACAUUAAUACUUCCACUCUUGACCAAGCCAAUUUCUGGCCCUAUGGACAAUCUUACUUCAAGUCCCCUACCGGAAGAUUUUCUGACGGCCGUUUGAUUUCAGAUUUUAUUGCUGAACAUGCAAAUAUUCCAGUGCCGCCACCCUUUCUGCAGCCUCAGAAUGAACAGGAUUAUUACAAUGGAGCAAACUUUGCAUCGGCUGGAGCUGGAUCUCUUGUGGAGACUUUCGAGGGAGCAGUGAUUGAUUUGAAGACACAGUUAAACAACUUCAAGAAGCUGAAAACUUCGUUAAGAAGCAAGUUGGGCUAUUCAAAAUCGGACAACAUAUUGAGAAGUGCUGUUUACUUGAUUGGCAUUGGGACCAAUGACUACUUAAGUCCCUUUUUGACCAAUUCCACAGUCCUAGCUGCAUAUUCUCCUUCCCAAUACGUACAAAUGGUCAUUGGCAACUUGACUUCAGUGGUACAAGAGAUCUACAAGAAUGGAGGCAAGAAAUUUGGGUUUCUGAAUUUGGGUGACUUGGGAUGUUUACCUGGUCUAAGAAUGCUUAAUCCUCCCACCAAAAAUGGGUGUUUAGAAGAAGCUUCAAAAUUGGCAAGAUUACAUAAUCUUGAGCUUAACAAUCUUCUCUUAGGAAUGCACAAACGAUUAGAGGGAUUCACCUACUCACUUUAUGACUUCAACCGUAGUUUGAAACUGAGGAUGAAUCAUCCCUCCAGAUAUGGUUUUAAGGAAGGGAAAAAGGCGUGUUGUGGCACAGGGAGAUUUAGAGGAAUAUAUAGCUGUGGAGGAAAAAGGCCAGUGAAACAGUUUGAGGUUUGUAAAAGCCCAAAAAAGCAUGUCUUUUGGGAUUCCUAUCAUCUAACUGAAACUAUUUACCAGCAAAUGGCAGCUGAAAUGUGGAAUGGGGCUUCCAGCCUCAAGACUUUCUUUCAAUGCCUCUAACAUCAUUAUAUUGUUCAGAUGCAACAGAGUAUAGGAUAUAGAUUCAUUCAUUUCUAUGACUAUGAGCAGAGCUAUUAAAUUCUUCAUUUGCUCCAUUCUAGGUAAUUUUUGGCACCUGCAAAUUUCUAUCAAAAAAGAGUUGCAAGACCAAGUCAUUCAGAAA